AAAUUUACUUAAUUGGCUAACCCUCAUGGAAUAAAAUAGAGAAAUAAUUUUCGUGUGUGAACAUUAAAUUUACCUUGUUUUCUUCGACUUGGAUCGGAUGCAUAAAUAUACAGUUAUGCAACCGCAGAUCCGACACACACACACCAACACUUCCAUAGUAAGGAGUGGGCAGCAAAGGUUUUUAGCCAAUGAAAACAGAGAAAAAUAGUGGCUCUGCUUCCAAGGGCAAGGUAAGAAAGAAAAUGGAAACAUGCAUAAUCAAGGUGUUAAAUUUCUCCACCAAAAAAGGUGAUGUCUACAAGGCAGAACCACCCCUGGACCUUAAGGAAGCCUUUUCCAAGUUUGCCAGAGGAGAGAAUCAAAUGAAGAAGGAUCAGCUACUUCGGUUCAUGGUGGAACACCAGGGAGAAAAUAUCAGUACCAUAGAGGAUUUGGAUAAAAUUGUUGAAAAGUUUUUGCAACUGGGAAGUUCUUGUUCUAGCACCAAAACUAGCUCCACAAGAAUUGUGGAUGUUUAUAGGAAACAAGGAUUAAGCCUCAAUGACUUCAUCGAUUUUCUGCUUCUUGGUGAUUUCAAUGGUCCCUUGAAAGACGAGGUACAUCAUGAUAUGGAUGCUCCCUUGUCACAUUAUUUCAUGUAUACGGGACACAAUUCCUAUCUGACUGGGAAUCAACUCACCAGUGAGAGCAGUGACGAGCCAAUUAUUGAGGCUUUGAAACAAGGUGUACGAGUAAUUGAACUAGAUUUAUGGCCAUCCAAAUCUUCAAAUAAUGAUGGAAUUAAAGUGGUUCACGGAAGGACUUUUACCACUUCAGUCCCGGUAUCCAAAUGUCUACAAUCCAUAAAGGAUUAUGCAUUUCAUAAAUCUGAUUAUCCAGUAAUUCUAACUUUGGAAGACCACCUAACACCAAAACAUCAUGAUAAAUUUGCAAAAAUGGCAACUGAAAUAUUUGGAGAAACGCUUUACUUUCCUGAGACAGAUCAUUUGACAGAAUUCCCCUCACCAGAAUCAUUGAAAAAACGGAUAAUUAUAUCAACCAAACCACCAAAGGAAUGUCGACAAUCUGCUAUUAUCAGUAAACCUGUGCCAAAUGGAAGAGAACCAUCUGAAGAAGAAUCACGAGGUCUUGAAUUGCCAAGUUCUGUGGCUAAACUGAAAACUGAGGACAGGAAUUCUAGUGAUGAAGAUCAGGAAGAUGUAAAUACAAGUGAUAACAAACCAAACCAACAAGAUGCGCGUCAAUACAAACACUUGAUUGCAAUCCAUGGUGGGAAAUCAAAAGGUUCUAUGAAGAAUCGGCUGAAAGAUGAUAUUAAAGUUAGACGUCUAAGUUUGAGUGAGAAGAAACUGAAAAGUGCUUCCGAGUCUCAUGGAGCCGACCUUAUUAGGUUCACACAGAGAAAUAUCCUCAGAGUUUUUCCUAAAGGAGAACGUGUCCAAUCCUCAAAUUUCAGGCCAUAUUUAGGGUGGUUGUAUGGAGUUCAGAUGGUUGCAUUCAAUAUGCAGGGGCAUGGCAAAUCACUCCGGUUGAUGCGGGGUAUGUUCAAAGCAAAUGGAGGGUGUGGUUACGUUAAGAAGCCUGAAUUUCUGAUCCGAACACUUCCACAUGAAGAGGUGUUUGAUCCAAAAAAACCACCUUCAGUGAAGCAGAUAUUAAAAGUAAAAGUAUACAAAGGAGAUGGCUGGAGUUUAGAUUUCAGUCCAACAGAUUUUGAUCGAUUCUCUCCACCCGACUUUUACACAGAGGUCAGUAUUGUUGGAGUGCCAGCUGAUUGUGACAAGAACAAAACAAGAGUAAAGACGGAUACAUGGUAUCCUGUUUGGGAUGAAGAAUUUGAAUUCAAAUUGAGGGUUCCAGAGCUUGCUUUGCUUCGGAUAGAAGUAAAGGACAAAGAUAAGGGAAAAAAGGAUGACUUUGCCGGACAAACUUGUUUGCCAAUAUCAGAGCUAAGAAAUGGAUUUCGGUCAGUCCCUCUCUAUGACAGAAAGGGAAAGAAAUAUAAAUCUGUGACGCUUCUAAUGCGGUUUAAGCUUGAAACUUUAAAUAAAUUGUAGAUACCAUUUAGUUAUUGUAUUGUAAAAUACAAUCCAUGGAAAGAACCUUCUUUAGCCAGCUAGAAACAGUAACAGAAUUUUAAGGCAAUCUUUCAAUCUUCAACAUCACAUGGUUCAGUAAAACGUGAUUGCUUUUUUGUAAUUGGCAAUUUGGCAUAGUCAAUGGAUAACUGCGUGUUGCUAACUUAUUUUUAAGCUGUUUUUCAAACACUUCAUUUCACAAAAAUAAA